AUGUUCGCGCUGCGGCGGCUGCUCCGGGCCCCGCCGAGGAAGGAAAAAAAGAGGAGGCGGUGGCGGCGCUGGGCUCCAACAUGUCCGUUUGGUGGCGGCGGCGGUGGCGGCUGCGCUCGGCGUCUCGUUGACACGGCCCCCAGCGCACACAUACAUACAAUCACUCACUCAUUCACUCACACGCACGCACAUACACCUACACUCGGGGUCAGGAAGCCGGCAGGCGGGCGGGCGGGCAGGCCAGCUAAGGUACGGGCCUUCUCCUCCUCCUCCGCUCUCUAUCGCUCUCUUAGCCAGCGGGAUGGCGGCAGCGGCCGAGUCCACGCCGCGCGGGGCACCCUGGGAUGGCUCAGACCUCCCAGCCGCUUCCUGUUUCUCGGCGGCGUGUACCUCUCCUCCCGCCACUCUUCCCCUCCCCCUCCCCAGUUCCCUUCCAAUAUACUUUUCCCCGCCCACUUCCUCUCGAUCCGGAGAACGGAGCUCGGCCGGCGGCGGCGGCAGCGACAGCAGUGGCGGCAUCUGCGGCGACGGCAGCACGUGAUGGCCGAUAGCCGAGCUGCUUCCCGCCGGCUCUGGGGUGCACGGUAUCAAGACUAUACUCAUCUCCUUGAAGAAAUUUUCUUUUUGAUGCCCCCUCCUGUAUCUAGUAUUGAUUACAUGUUCUCAACCAAGCCUAUUCUUGGAUAUAUAUUCUUGCCACCAGAAUCCCAACUCGGAGUGUAUUUCUUCUCCAGCAUAACAUAUCUCCUUCACCCUCAAGCUGGGGAAAUUUUUCUGGCUGAUUAUCAACAUCUGAAAUACCUGAAAGACUUCCAUUCCACAACUACACCCAGAGAACAUCCCAAGAAUCAUCUGUGAAAAGACUUCCAAAGACUUAAAUGGACAUUUUCCUGUUUUCCUUUUCCACAUUGUAUAUACUGUUUAUAAUGUCCACUUACUAAAGGAGAGUGCCCCCUUCAGUUUUUCUCUAUGAUGUCCACCUGCUAAAAAGGGAGUGCCCCCUUUUAGCCUUUGUUAAUGCAUCGCUCAAUUUCUUUUCUCUUUUUUCAUUCCCUUUACUUUGUUAGUUAUAAGUGUCUGUAAUGUUAUUGCUUCAUGUAAGGAAACGAUGUUUCUUCACAUGAAGCACAGCGGGGGAGUGUGAGAAUCAAAGCUCUGCUCUUAAGCAUGUGGCCUGGCAUCUGGAAUUUACUUCUAUAGAACUACCUGUAGUCAUGUCAGUCAAAGCUACCAGCCAAUUAGCUUGGAGCUGUGUCUUUUUCGUCCAGAACUGGCUUAGUGGUGGCAGACGGAGAAAGAAGGGUCCCCCUUUUCAUCCAGAACUUUGGUGUGGUGGGGGACUUCACGUGGACAGCUAGGAAAAGUAAGGGUUUCUCUCUGGCUAUACCAAAUAGAUCUAAACUAGGGUUUUCCAUUCUCUCUCUUCACUAAC